AUGACCCAGUCACUUAUUGCCCCUGCGUCUGCCACGGCAUCUUUACUAGAAUGUGGGCCAGUUGCCUUAUGGCGUUGGUGUUCCCCCCGUAGCAUCUCGCCCACGCCCCGCUUUAUCCGUUUUUUAUUGGAUUACAUUAUGGGAUCAUUUUUGGUUGCUGGGGCAGCGGAGGUAUUAGUUCCAGCAGGCAUGGUACACUGGAUGGAGCGCAAUACCGCCACUGAGUCACAGAAUGAGUGGAAAGUGCUGACACAAGAUCACCGUCUGGUUGUAUUAGCUUCUUGUAGCGAGAUUGGCGACAUUCUCAGUCGCUAUCCUUCUUAUCGCGCUUUCUGUAUACCAGUCCCUAGUGGCCCACUCUGCUCCAGGCUCUUAUUUCGAUGUCCAAUUGAAGUUUACUACGGUGAUUCUAUCAAAAAAGUAAUGGAUAUGUUUAAAAGCAUGGAUGCUUCAUCUGAUGUUAGUUGGCGUGCAUGGAUGCGGUCCGGAUUAACCUGUCAGUUCGAAGGCCACUACGUUCCACCUAUACGUGUCUCAGAGCAUGCGGCCUCUUUGUUGAGUGCUGAUGGUGGUUGCACGCAGAUUAUUUUAGAGGAGGGAACCGCUGGCCUCACCCCACGUUGGCUUGAGACCUCACUGAAGACGGCGUUAUCGUGUGGUAUUCCGACAUCCUGUUUGUCACUUGCCUUGUGUGAUGCCGUACACUCACCCAAGCUGAUGGGUAAGACCCUAGAGGUCGGCGUUCACCAUCUAUGCACGUCCUCGCUGGGCCAGGAGUUCGCGCUGUUCGAUAAAAGUGACGCCUUGGUAUCAAUCGACACCGCCUCACUUCUUGUGUCGCACCUCUCAGAACACAAUCAGGUCAACCUUUCCACCGCCGAAUUGGACCAAUUGCGUGACAGCGCUGCUUUUGUCAAAUCGGCUCGAAAGCAGUGGCACAAGGAAACACAAAUGUGCAUUGGGUGAGUAAUGACCGCUGCUGUUCACUUUUAUUUUGUUUUUGUGAGAAGAGGGGCAUCCAAUUUGGAGGUGUCGCCUAGCAAAAAAGUGUAAUUAUUUUUCUAAAGCGUUUCAAGGGUUUUAACUAAACGAGAUGGUAUUCUCCAAAAAAUUUUCUUAUUCAUGACAAUUGUGUUUCUGGAGCACUUUUUCCUCGUUCUAGGUACACCUCCUUACCCUGUGUUCAAUGAGGCCUACAAUUUUGUUUCACGAGUGAAAAUUAUUGUAUGAGCGAAAUGUUCAGCUUAUGCACGCUUGAUAAUGAUUUAAAUAAAAUCAUAUUCUUAACUAUUUAAUUCACUAUUCCAUGCUAUCAACUGUAUUUGACUUUUUUACUAGUAUGGAAUCGGUCAAUAAAUACUUUUAGAUACGUAAUUGUUUUCCUCACUCUUUCAUUCUUUCCUUACAAGUGUUGCAUAUAAUUUUUGAGUGCAGCAUUUAUUUUUCCUUUCCAAGGUAAAUUCUUUAUUGCAUACUAUAUUCAACCCAUUAUGAGAUUUCUACCACAUUCUACUGUCAUUCACGUUAAUGCUUAAUGAGUUUUGCAUUAACGUGAAUGACGGAAGAAGGUUCAACUAAGAAUAUAUUCAAUCACUCGAGAUCAUGUGGAUUUUAGUCUGUACAAAAACGAAGACUUAUUAGUCUCGCAAAGAUCCAGAAGUGUAGUUGAAGAUAAGAACCUAGUUAUGAAAGCACAUAAUACCAUUAUUUGUGACCGGCGGACCAACUCCGUCAUCAUCAAAGCCUUUAUAAGUAAACCCUACCUUCAGAGAUACUGAUUGAGGUAGAAAUUAACAAUGCCCAUUCUUGUAUAGGACAUUUAGAUUUCAUAGUUUAUCACACGUAUAGAUCCCAAAAAUCUCUGUGUCUUUCUGCCUCAUGGCUCCCGAUAUUUUUUUGUUAUUAUUGUUGCCGUUAAUACUGGUCAACGUCAUCCAUACCAAACGUUGGUGACCACUACGGUGGUGUGCCACUUGGGAAUGAGUAUAUAAUUAACUUUCCACCAGACUUUAUUCAUCAUUGUUAUUGUUCCUCGACCACAUAUUAUCACUCGAAUGGAAUACUAAAAGGGCACAUUUAUUUCUCUAAAUGCCCUUUGUAGAUUAUGUUUAUCAGGAAGGGUACAUGUGUGUAUUUUUUCAAGGAUAUAUACCACAAAUCUGGUAUUUACUCUCACAUGAUCUAAAAAAAA